ACGCUGAUCAAAGUUGUCAAAACAAAAUCGUCAGAAAAAGUGAAAAUAAUUUUACAGCUGUGAAAAAAAUUCGCUAAAAUUGCGUUUUUAGGGGCAGUUUCACAACUUUUAUCAGCAAAUUAAAAUAAGGACGCCUAUUUGUAAUACUCAAACAGAAUGUCACAAGAGGUGGAAGAAACCCUCAAGCGGAUUCAAUCGCACAAAGGCGUCGUCGGAACGAUUGUGGUCAAUAACGAAGGUAUUCCGGUCAAAAGCACACUGGACAAUACGACUACCGUGCAAUACGCUGGACUGAUGAGCCAAUUGUCUGAUAAGGCACGGAGCGUUGUACGCGACUUGGACCCCUCGAACGAUCUCACAUUCCUGAGGGUCCGGUCGAAGAAGCACGAAAUUAUGGUCGCUCCGGAUAAGGACUUCCUUCUGAUUGUGAUUCAGAAUCCUACCGAUUGAGUUUUUUUCCAUGCUUUAACAAAGGUAAAUAUUCGAAAUCGAGUAAAUAUUUUUAAAUUAUUUUCUACGGGGUAUAAUUUUGCAAGAAAUUUAUUCUUAUUUUAAAUUUCCAUGAUAAAAUCUUGAAUUAAUUUAUGCAAUGAAUAACUGUGUUCUAACCUA